AUGUUGACUUUUUCCAAUGUCGAUGAAGUUGGUUCUCAAACAACUUGUAAAAAUGGUUUAGGUCGUGUUCUAUACGAACGUCUACCCAACCAACAAUUACAAGGCUACGACGAUGAUGUAGUACGUGACACAGCUCCACCCUUUCGUGUUCUAGAGAAAUGUCAAGAUCUUUGUUUACGUGAUCGUACUGGCACCAAUAAUUUAGUGCGUACUUGCACUAGUUUUGAUUUUCAGCCAGGCAGUAGAAUAACGGCAUUUGGCGGCAACAUGGAAUACGAAGAAUCAUUGUGUUAUUUGACAUCUGAACAGGCGGGACCUGAAGGUAUUGGCAGUUUAAUGCUAGUACCGAACAGUGUACAUUUCAAUGAGAUUUGUUUGACAUCCAGCCGACCGGAAAGAGAAUGUCCUAGCCGUAGUUAUGUGUUUGAAAGACAUCCACGAAAGAAACUAAAGUUACCGAUUUCAGAUAUUAAAGAGAUAACCGCCGCCAAUCGUUCAGAUUGUGAGGAUAAAUGUCUUAACGAAUUCUCAUUUGUUUGUCGUUCUGCUAAUUUUGAUUCCACUAUGCGUUCCUGUACACUAAGCAGAUUUACACGUCGCACACAUCCCGAACUCUUGGAAGAUGAUCCAAAUUCUGAUUAUUUAGAAAAUACUUGUCUUAAUGCUGAGCGUCGCUGUGAUGGUUUGGCUGUAUUCGUUAAGGAGGAGAAUAAACGUUUGGGUGGACCAUUUGAAGUGGACAUAUUUAAUAAUAUGACUUUGGAAGAAUGCCAGACAAUGUGUUUGCGUGCUGAAAAAUACUUCUGCCGUUCGGUGGAAUUUGAUGACCAAACUAAACAGUGUAUUCUGUCUGAGGAAGAUUCAAUUUCUCAAAAAGAUGACAUUAGUAUAAGCUCCAGUCCAACACAUCAUUUUUAUGAUCUUGUCUGCUUGGAUAACCAACGUGCAACAGAUUAUCCGGAUAACUCAGUGACAUCACAUCUAUUCUCGAGUGGCAGACGACCAGAUACAGCAUUUCAACGUUAUCGCAAUUCACGUUUGGGCGGUGAAUUUCAUUCGGAAAUAACAGGACGCUCAUUAAGCGAAUGUCUGGAUGAGUGUUUAAGGCAAACUAGUUUUCAAUGCAGAUCAGCAGUAUAUAGUGAUCGUUUUCGUACAUGUCGCUUAAGUCGUUAUAACCAAAAGGAUGGUAUGCGUAUAAUUUAUGAUGCAGACUAUGAUUACUAUGAAAAUUUAAUGCUUAAUGUUGUGGGCAACGGUAAUGAUAAUGACGGUCAUGGUGGUUCGUCUGGUUCGGGAUCAGGUGGUACGGGAGUUUCUGGUAAUGGUCAUCGACCUUCUGAUCGUCCUGGUAGUAACUGGAAUAAGCCCAACCAAAAUGAUGAUCGUUAUGGUGGCAAUCGUUAUGGUCCUAGUGGAAAUCGUAUUCCCAGUGAUAUGCCAGGUGGUACUUCAGAUGUUUAUGGUCGUCCUCCGCCUUAUGAUCGUUAUCCUGAUCCAGGCUCUAAUGAUUAUGAUCGUUAUCCAGUAGCUGGAGGUGGUUUGCCUAGACCUGGCAUAGGUGAUCGUUUUCCUGGUGGUGAUUAUAAUGAUGAUCGCGAUCGUGAUCGUAAUCGCGAUAGAGAUCGGGAGCGUUAUCCUCCUAGUGGGGGAUUAUAUGAAGAUGAUCGUUAUCCUUUGGACAGAGAUCGUAAUCGUUUUCCGGGAGAUCGUGACAGAGACCGAGAUCGUGAUCGUUUUCCAUUAGGCGAUCGUGGACGUUAUCCAGCUGAUAGAGAUCGUUAUGUGCCGGUGAUUGAUAGAGAUCGGUAUCCUGCUGGUCUAGAUAGAGACCGUUAUCCUGCUGGUCUAGAUAGAGAUCGUCCUCCUUAUGAUGAUCGUUUUCCCGAACGUCUUCCGGGACGUUAUCCUUACGAUGAUGUUAUACCGCCAAAAGAUCGUUAUGCUGACCGUUAUCCUGAGAGUGGUUACAGUGAUCGCUAUCCUAAUGAAGGCCGUUAUCCCACACGAGAUCGUUAUCCUUUAUAUCGUCCUACAUCUGGUCAUUAUCCUCCUGUCAAAGAUAACACAUUGCCUAUGGAUUUACCUCACACUAGACCUUACCCACCCGAUGAUGAUGUUCCCUAUCGUCCUUACUUGCCUGGAAGCCGUUACCCUGAGGAUCGCUAUGGUGGACGUUAUCCCUCUCGUUAUCCACCCAUUAGAGAUUCUCUGGCAGGAGCAUCUCCGGGACGAGAUGCUCCAGAAGGCUUCCCCGAUAGAAGAUUUAGACCUUCAUCUUACGAAUCACGCUAUCCUCUAUCACCUGACGUUCAAAGAGGACCUACUUCCUCGGGUCGCUAUGCUCCAGAUGGCCGCUAUACUCCCGAUGAAAUCAUACAUAGUGCCAGAAGGCCCGAACCUGAUUCAGCCAAACGUUAUCCACCUCCGCCCAUUGCAGAACCAGCUGCUAAAUAUCCUCCUACUUCACCUAAUCGUUUGCCGGUAGGUACAGAUCGUUAUCCUGUCGAUAUAUACAAAUAUGGAAAUCGUUUUGGUAGCUCUAGUGCUGGAGGUGUAAGACCAGGUUAUAAACGGCCACCACCUCCUCCUUACUAUGACAUGGACUAUGAGGAACGUUAUGGAGAUCGUUAUGGUCCCUAUGAUCGUGAUUACGAUAGACCUUUAAGUCGCAGACCUGUUGUAAAUCCUGGUGGUAGUGGAGGCUAUGUGGGUUAUGAUAGUCCCUAUAAACGUCCUUACUAUGGUGGUAUUGGUGGAGGUGGACCAGGCACUGGAACUUUAACACCUCUACCAAAUGAUCACCCUAUACCUGGAGCCUUGCCACCACCACACCCUCACCCCAUAUCACCUUAUGGUGCAAACGGACCUGUAGGUUUACCACGUCCACCCAUAACACGUUGCGAAGAGAGUGAUAACUUUAAGCAGGUGGCAGCACGCCACAAAAUGAGAAGACAUUUUAUAAGAAGAUCACUUGUGGUGCCCUCGCUUAUACAGUGUGAAAGAGAGUGUGUAGAAUCAAGAGAUUUUGUGUGUAGAAGUUUCAAUUAUAGGGAUUCGGUGGCUUCCAAUUACGAUGAUCGUGAUAUACCCAAUUGUGAGUUAAGUGAUCGUGAUUCUCGUGAAUUAGAUGUUCAUGAUCCCAGUUUAUUUGAUGCUGCUAAUUAUGAUUUUUAUGAGCGCAGUAUGGGACGUAGUGAUGGAGAAUGUAUGGAUGUUACGCAAACUUGUAAUGAGGAGGGUAUGGAAUUUACUAUAAGAACUCCAGAUAGUUUUAUGGGACGUAUAUACACCUAUGGUUAUUAUGAUCGUUGUUUCUUCCGUGGCAAUGGCGGUACUGUUAAUGUCUUACGCAUCAGUGGUCCUCAAGGUUAUCCCGAUUGUGGUACUCAAAGAUAUGGCGACACUCUUACCAAUAUUGUGGUGGUACAAUUCUCCGAUAAUGUCCAGACAAGCCGUGAUAAACGUUACAAUUUGACUUGUGUUUUCCGUGGUCCAGGCGAAGCUGUUGUUACUUCUGGUUACAUUGGUGCUGGAUCCGGCAGUCCCAUACCCAUUGAAUAUUUACCAGCCGAAAAUACUUUAAGUUCUAAGGUGCGUUUAAGUAUUCUAUAUCAAGGUAGACCGACUACUACUAUAGCUGUGGGUGAUCCUUUGACAUUCCGUUUAGAGGCCCUAGAUGGUUAUAAUCAUGCUACAGAUAUAUUUGCCACCAAUGUUGUGGCUAGAGAUCCUUAUUCGGGCAGAAGUAUACAGCUAAUAGAUCGUUUUGGUUGUCCGGUGGAUCCUUAUGUUUUUCCGGAAUUGGAUAAAUUACGUGAUGGUGAUACUUUGGAGGCCCGUUUUAAUGCCUUUAAAAUACCAGAAUCUAAUUUCUUGGUAUUUGAAGCUACUGUACGCACUUGCCGUGAGGGUUGUCAGCCGGCUUAUUGUCCCGGACCAGCGGGUAGACAAGAACCUUCAUUUGGCCGCCGUAGAAGAUCUUUAAAUGAAACGGAUGUUUUAGAGGGAGAAGAAGUAAUAGAGGAAGAAGAUUCAGAUACUUUGGAACCAGUGGCUGAACGUUUAAUAGAUGAUAUGUCUGAAUUGAAUACCACAACUGUAACUGCUACUUUGGGAGAAAGUAACACAAAUAAUACAACUGAAAGCGAACCCGAAGAACCGGAGCAAGUACGCGAAAUGAUAGAGGUCUUCGAAAGUCGUGAGGAAAUCGAAAAAGAAUCCUAUCCCCGCAAAUUGGUGGCUCCCGUAGAAACUGUAUGCCUUAGCCCCUCUGAAUAUCAUGGUCUUAUAACCGCCAUUAUACUCUUAAUGAUCUUAUUGCUAAGCAUUACGCUGGUCUCUGGUUUGGCAUAUAGACGUUAUUGGAAGACUAUGUCAAAAAAUCGUCUAGCUGAUCGUCAUUCACCCAUACAUUCGCUGGGACACUCAUCAUCGAUACGCACACAUGAACGAUUUAGUGAAAUUGGUCAUAUGCCCAAUGGUUCGGGCAGCAGCAGUUCGAAUGCCACUCAUUCGUCUUCAACGAAUCGUACAGCAAAUGCCUUCCGUUCAAAUGUCUCGAUGUUUGGUGGUAGUCUUCAUAAGACAUUUGCUACUGGAAAUUUAGCACGAAUGUGUCAAUUGCCUGUUAUGAAUCCAAUGCGCAAUCAAACCGCCGGACCCAAUCAAUUUGAAGAUCCCAGUGAACCUAUCUAUACCGAUCCCUCAUUAUUCGAACGUUCCAGGUUUGUACUACAAACUGCGGCACAAACACACAUUAAUGAUCAGCUACAAAAACAAUUACAUUUAGCUUAAGUGAAGUUAAGCGACAAGGAAGUUAAUGGCAAAAAUAAAUAAUGUAAAAAAAUAUAUAAAAAAGAACC